CUUGACCUCAAACCUCAAACCUCCAUAACCACUAAUAACACCAAACAACAUCAUCAAAACAUCAUCAAAACAUCCACCAACUCCCCCUAAAUCAGCAAAUUCAUACCAAAUUCAUACCAAAACUUCCAAAAUGCCCUCAACUGACUGUCUCCAACCACCCCUCACACCCGCCGAACGAUCCAUCGUCAAGUCCUACGGCGGAUGGACAUCCUUCCUCUUCAGCUUUGGGUUGAAACCGUAUAAUGACGAGGAUGCGGAGGAGGGGUUAAUGAUCCUGAAGGCGUUGACUGAGGAUAAUGAUAGUGAAUAGGUUUGAUUGGGGUUUCUUCUGUGUUAUGGAAUGGAUUGGGGGUUGGGUUCUGUGGGCCGUAGUUCAUGAUUAUUAUGGUGAUAAUAAAGAUGAGGGGAUGUUUUUAUAGGGGGGGAUUUGGUGUUUGUGGUGGUGAUUGAGGGUGGUUUU